AGUCGAGGAGCUUCGCACGAGUUCACUCCUGGUCGGUAAUCCGUCAGUUCGCACACACAACACAGGACGAAACGCCCGGCCGGCCGCCACUCAGUCGCUGGCUGCUGCUGCUUCUUCUUCUUUGCUCCUUUCCGCACUUCUGUGUCUACCAGCAGUCGAAUACGACGUAUCCUGCCAGCACAGUUUGCCAGAACAUCCAGUGAAGUGAAGGCGCGAUCUACCGCGAGCACCAAACAACCCUCUGGGUUUUCUGAAAACUUAGUUAUUCCUGCAACACAGAGGACUUGUGAUUUUAUCAACUCAAUUUUGAGGAACUUAGUGAUUCUCUGUGAUUCGAUUGAUUCGAUUUGUCCUGCAGCCCCGCUGUGGUUUCGCCGCGUGAAUACGUAUAGAGGACACGCCAUGGCGGCGUGGGUUACAGGGCUUCCGGCCCUGGUUCUUAUUGCGGUUUCAUUCCUACCGUCUUCAGUUCUUAGUGCUCCCGUCAUCGAGCACAAUACCGAAAUGGAUACGUUUUACCCCGUUGCGGACUCUACGGGAUGCUAUUACAAUCUCCACCAUUACGAUGAAGGAGACCGAAUAAUAACGAACGAACCUUGCUUGAACUGCACUUGCCACAAUCGAAUGCUAAUGUGUUACCUGCGAGUCUGUCCGUUUAUCAAGAAGAUUGGAGAGAACUGUAGAGAGGAGAAACGGCCGGACCAGUGCUGUCAUGUUAUUACCUGCCCCGAAGUCACAGUCCCGCUGUUGACGGGAUCCAGCGAAUCCAGUGACAGCGCAGUUGGACACUUAGAUACUUACGGAUGCGUCAUCGAUAGGCUUUUUUAUGCUGAUGGCGCCAGAGUACCUUCCGAUCCCAACAAACCGUGCGAACUAUGCUACUGCAUCAGGAAUAAAACCGCAUGCGUAAUGCAAGAGUGUACGCUGCACAUCGAAGGCUGUAAACCUGUUUACCAAGAUGGUGUAUGUUGUCCUGUCCGAUAUGAUUGCGACCACCCAGAAAUUACGACAACGACCACUACAACAACUACAACCACUACUACCACGACCACUACAACACAGGCACCGUUGCAUUUACCAGAAAACGCCAAGUAUUGUAUAUAUAAAGAAGAAAAAUACGCAGACGGAGCUCUCAUCAAGAACGACGUUCCUUGCGAACACUGCUACUGCAUGAAGGGCGACAUCGUGUGCGCAGUACAAGAAUGCAGUCCCACUCCAUUGGACAAAGUGAAUUGCACUCGUCUUCCGCCAAAAGAAGGACAGUGCUGUCCGGACACGUACGACUGCGAAUAUAUCUCUGAAGAGGAUCUCACGACCACUUACCUUGAAUUCACGACGCCUGGUUACGUAACGGAAACCGAAAGAGAAGAAUUUAUCAAUUAUACAAGAAAUCCUGAGGUCGAACGUGUCGAAGACGACGUUUCGGCGGAGGAAGUAUCCACCGAAAGUAUACCAGAAAAAGAAAAGGAGGUAACACCCCCAGCUUCAGAGGAAAGCAAGAAAGAACAAGAAAAUGAAUUACCAGAAUCCGAAAGUGCAAGUCCACCGGAGGAAAAUGCAAUCCCAACCACAUUAGCUACUAAACCCGAAGACACAAUUACUACUACAACUGAGAAGAAACUUGAACUAAUUCCUAAGGUUGAUAAAUCCCAAGAAGAGGGAAUAGAUGACAGUUACAUACCGACAAGUAUACCAGAAGAAGAAUCACCAAGUGAAUCUCAAGAAACUAGCGAUGACCGUUCAGAAACACCAUCCUCAGAAGUAGAUGAAAAAGUGAAACAUGACACUACUAGUGCACUUCCGGUUGAUCAAACCGAUGAAAUAAAAGAAAAUCUUACUGAAGUACCACAAAAAGUCGAAGAAGCUGUAAGCGAAAAUGCUGUGCCACACGACGAUUAUGAACCCACAGAAGUACAAACAGAUGUUCCACUUGAACAUAGUGACUCUCAAAAUGAAAUUAAUCCUGAGGAAGAAGACACCCCAGCAGUGCAUGAUGAAGAUUCUGCUCCUGGUUCCGAAGAUGAAGAGUCAAAACAGAAACCCACAGUACCAACAGAACACACGAUCGAAGAUCAUGAAAUUCAUACAGAUAAACCAGAUUCUUCAUCACGCAUACCAAGUUCUGAUGAUCAAAUUUUGGAAACAACUGAAAAUGUAUCACCGGACGAGGAAACGGUACAUCCUGAAAGCACACCGCAACAUCAAGAAACACCACAACCUGAAGUAAUUUCAUUGACGGAAGAAUCUCCAAAAUUGGAGGAGACCUCACAGCCGGAAGACACACAAUUACCAGAGAAGACUGUAAAACCUGAAGAAACUCCAGAACGCGAACAAACUCCUCAACCGGAAGAAACUCCAGAACCCGUACAAACCUCCCAACCUGAAACUUCACAACCCGAACAACCUUCUGAGCCUGAAGAAACUCCGGAACCCGAACAAACUCCUCAACCUGAAGAAAAUCCUCAACCUGAACAAACUUCUCAGCCAGAUGUCACACAACCCGAACAAACACCUCAACCUGAAGAAACACCACAACCCGAACAAACAUCUCAACCUGAUGUACCACAACCUGAACAAACUCCUCAACCGGAAUCACCACAACCAGAACAAACUCCUCAACCUGAGGAAACUCCUGAAGUCGCAGUAACACCAAAACCAGAAGAGGUGCCCGAAUCGGAAAUAGUUCCUCAAACUGAUAAAACUCCAGAACUGGAUGAACAUCCUCAACCCGAUAAAACGCCUGAUGAAACUUCCCGGCCUGAAGAAACACCUGAUCUUGAAGCAACUCCACAACCCGAAGAAAUGUCUUACACCGAAUCAAGCCCACAGCCCGAAGAAACUCCUAAAUCUGAUGCAACGUUACAACCUGAAGAAGCACCUCAACCCGAAGAAUCUCCUAAACCUGAGGAAAUCGCACAACCUGAUGAUUCAACACAACCUCAAGAAACAUCUGAACUAGAAGGAACGCCUAAACCUGAAGAUACUCCACAAACCGAUGAAACAACUCAACCUGAAGAUGUUCCUAAACACGAAGAAACACUUAAACCUGAAGAAGCGCCUGUACCAGAAGAAACACCUAAAUCUGAUGAAACACCUCAACCAGAAGAAACAACUGAACCUGAAGAAGCGUCUCAACCUGAAAAAGCGCCUCAACCCGAUGAAGCGUCUCAACCUGAAGAUACGCCUUCACCUCCAGAAACUCCUACGGAUACAGAAACGUCUCAACCUGAAGUAACUGCUACACCUGAAGAAACACCUGAAACUGACAAAAUACCUCAAUCUGAAGAUAGUCCUAAACUUGAAGAAGCACCUGAAUCGGAAGUAACACCUCCACCUGAAGAAGCACCUCAAACUGAUGAAACACUCCAAACUAACGAAACACCUCAACCCGAAGAAUCUUCUAAACCUGAAGAAACUCCAAAAUCUGAAGAAGCACCUCAACCUGACGAAACAACUAAAUCUGAAGAAAUACCUGAUGUUGAGGAAACUACUCAAUCUUUAGAAAGUCCACAACCAGAAGAGACCCCACAACCAGAAGAAACUCCACAACCAGAAGAAACUCCACAACCAGAAGUAACUUCACAACGACAAGAAACUCCACAACCAGAAGAAACGACUCAACGUGAAGAGACACCUGAAGAAGAAUCCAAUGUAAACGAAAUUCCUCAACCCGAGCAAACACCAUCUUUAGAAGAAGCUGCACAAACUGAAGAAACCUCAAAACUACCCGCAUCAGAAAAUGUGACACCAGAAUCUGAGCAAACCAGUCAACCCGCGGAUUCGUCGGUUCAUCCUAGUGAUGAUCACAAACCAACAACCUUAAAAACACUGCUUUCUGAUGAAGAUUUAGUUACUCCUGUGUCAGAUUCCCACAAAUCUGACGAGACAGAAACCACUCAGAAAGAAGGAGAAGCAGAAACACCAACUGAAGCACUUCCAGAGAGCCAUGUUACUCCAGACGAAGAAGAACAACCUGAAGAGUUGAAUAAGGUUACACCUGAACAGGCAGAAACUACUACUACUUCAACACAGAAAGCAGAAAUAUCAGAAAAUGAAAUUCAUGAUGAAACUAAAUUGCCGGUCAUUGCAUCAACUGAAGGAAAAGUUGAAGUUGAAUCUUCUACGCCUUCUUUAUCUACAGAUUCUGCCGACGAAAUUCACCCUACAAAUGCUGCAAAUGAAGAAACGUUUAAAGAACCAGAACAAGAAAAAGAAGGAGUAACUGAACCAGAAGCUGGUGAAAGUGAACCCAGUCAUGAUGCUAAAGGAGAUAAUGAAGAACAAGAAUUAACAGAUAAACCCGACAAGGAAUAUACAACAUUAACACCUGGGCAUUCCGAGAUACCAGUUGAAACAGAAGAUCAAACGAAGCCCGAAGAAACUAACUUACCAGAUGAUAAUAUUACUCCUUCAUUAGAAGAAGAUAUAGAUUCAACAAAUCUAAGGACUAAUAUUCCGGUCGAAUCUUCCACCGAACAAGUAACUGAUAAAGAAUUACAAUUGCCGGUAGUGACAGAAUUGCCAUCCGUAGAAGAUAGUGAGAAAUCUGCCGUAUCAACUGAUAAGCCUGAUGUUGUGGAUGAAACAGAGGAGGAAACUGAAUUACCGAUAAUAAAAACAGAGCAACCAAGUGUACAUACUGAGAAAACUGUCACACCAGCAGAAGAACAGGAAACUGAGGGAUUACUUACGGCUACUGAAAAAGAAAUUGAAACUGAACGACCAAUCAAACCUGAAGAAUUACCUGAAAGUGAAUCCCAACCAGACAAACAUAUUCCGAUCACUGAGGAAGUUGACACAAAGAAAGACGAAGAAUUAGAACAGUCAACCGAAGAGCGUCAACCUGUAACAAGUGAACCAGAAAAAGAUGUGGAACCUGAGAAAAUUGAUCAAUCAUUGCAAGAACCUAUACAAACAGAUGACGUUACACUUGAAGCUGAACCUAGUGAGAAACCACAUGAAGCAGAAGAAGUUUCUAGUAGUAUACCGUCAGAUAUUGUUCCACAGCAACCCGAGGAGCCUUUAGAAAAAGCUACUAUAAAACAAGAGAGCGAACAACAGCCUACAGAAAGUUCUCCUAAAAUACACGAUGAAUCUGUAGCAACAUCAUCGGAACAACCUGAAAAUAUUCCAGAGGUAGCUACCGAGGAAGAAAUGAUGAUAUAUACAGAUGGUCCUCAUCCUACAAGAAAACCAAUAGAAUCUAUGGAUCAUGUCACCGAAGUGCCAACAGAGUUGGUGAAACAAGAUGAAUUACUAACACCAGAGGAACCAAUUGAGGAAACUGUAAAACCUGUUGUAGAAGAACUUCCUAAAAAGGAACCUCCCUCAUUAGACGCUCAUUGCGAAAAUGGAGUUUGUGUUAUUGAAGGAGAGAAGGUACCUGUAUUGAUACCGGAAGUGCAACCAUGCCCGGCGGGUGCCGUUUGUGGUGAUCAUCCCGAAGUUAUUCCAACGGAAGUAGAGCCUUGCCCGCCAGGAGCUGUAUGCGAAGUAACUGUUCCUGAAGUCAUUAUUCCUCCAGCGUUGUGUCAACCAGGAUCUGGAACGGGUUGCGAUUCAGCACCAGUAGUUCCUCAGGUAGAUGACUGCCCACCAGGAGCUGUGUGUGAAGUACCACAACUCCCAUGUACUUCAGAUAAAUGUGAACAACCAACGCAACAAACUCCAGAUUCUGAGAGAAAGGACCCAGAACUAGAAGCACCUCAUGUUAUCACGUCAACUUUCGAAGAAAAACCUACAACUCUUCAACCAUCUGAUGAGUCUACAGAAGUACCCACAACGGUUAAAUUAAUAGUACCGGAGACAGAAUCAGAAUCCAUUCCAGAAGAAGAAAAAUUAACAGAAAAGCCAGCCGAAAAACCAGUAGAAGCUAGUACUGAUGAAUCAAGUAAACAUGCUGAAGUUCCAGAACUUGCAUUAACUACAGAAAAGUCGGAAGAACCAAAAGAGACCACUGAAUUACCAGUGCAACCUGAAAAGUCAAAGCCAGAGGAAGAGGAAUUAGAAUCAGAAGAACCUGAAACAGCAACAAAAGAGGGAGAAAAAACGAGUGAAGAACCUGAACAAACAGGUGAUGAAUCUGAAAAAACUGCUGAUGAAUCUGAAAAGACGACUGAAGAACCGGAAAAAUCGGUAAAACCAGAUGAAACACCGGAGAAGCCUUUAACACCAACUGAAACACUUUCGGAAGAAGAACCAGCUCCCGUUUCUGAAGAAGCCAAGCCAAUCUCUGAAGAACCAACUGUAAGUCAAGAACCAACAAUCUUCAAUGAAGAACAAGAACCAGAAAAACAAACAGAAGAACCUUCUGAAGUAAGCCAAGAGCCUGAAAAUCUUACUGAACCUGUUAAACCAAUUAAACCUGAAGAACUCAACUUAACUCAAGAAGGUGAUUCAUCGAAAUCUGAUGAACCUGUUACACAACCGCAAGAGCUUGAAGUUGAGCAGCCGGUCAAAGGCACUUUAACGCCAGAACUAUCUUCUACAGAUGAAACAGAAGACAGCGACAAGCAAUAUCCUGAAGAAAAUAUUACCGAAUCUCAAGAUACUGAGACCGUUACGGAAACUGAUGUGUCCCAAACAGAAAGUAAACAACCAGAGACACCUACAACCGAAGAGCAUAAAGAAAGCAGCAGUGAGAAACCUGACAAAUCCAGCGAAGAACAGACCGACAUUCCAAAAGAACUAGAAAAUGUGUCAGAAGUUGGCGAAAGUGAUAGUCAUGAAUCCAAGGAACCUAGUGAAUCUGCCACUGAAGGAAGUGAAUCACCAACGGAGAAAUAUACACCAAAAGAUGAAAAGGAAUCUAGCGAAAUACCAGAAUAUUCAACACCAACAGAUCAAAAUGAACUGGAAAAAGGUGAAGCACCAACAGAAGGUGAAAUGGUAACAGAGAAAGAAAAUGAACAACCAGAACAAAAACCAACAAAAGAAGCUGAAUUGGAAGCUACAACCUUACUUCCAAAGGAAGUUUCUCAAGAAACAGUGCCGUCAGAGAAAGAACAAGAACAUACGUCUCCUACAGAACCUGCUGAAACUGAGUCACAUCCACAAGAUAUCCCAGAGGCUAGUACUAAACACGAUGUAGAAGAGACAGCUUCAACGGAAACCUCUGUUAAAGACAAUGAAGAAUCAGUUACUCAAGCACAUCACUUGUCAGAAUCAUCGUCUCCCGAAAGUACAGAACCUUCACCUGUUACAGAUGAAAGUCCAAAAGAACCACCAGCACGUGAUGUAGCACAAAGAAUACCUGGUGAAGGUGAUGCAGAUCAGGAAAAACCUAUUGAAAAUGAAAUAUCUGACGAUUUAGAACAAACAAAACCAACUGAAGCGGAAACAACUAAACCUGAACUUUCUGAAAAAACAAUUCCAGGGGAAGGUGCUUGUUUAAUUGAUGGGCAAACGUACGAGAAUAAUUCUAGUGUUCCCCCAAUUAGUAAAUGUCAACUGUCUUGUAAAUGUACGAGUUCAAUAUUGCAGUGUGAAUCAGUGGCAUGUAAUCCAGCUCCCUCAAAUAUGGAAAACUGUAUGCCAAUCUACAACAGUCCAGAAAGUUGUUGUCCAACCUAUAGUUGCACUAUGCCAAGUACACCUGGAUUGGAAUCUGAUAGCCAUCUAAUGGAGGAAGUUACCACUGCGGAACCUGCACAAAGACCUGAACCAACACUAAAUGAAAACAUCACACCAUCACAUGAAAAGGAACCCGAAGAAACGUCAUCAAGCAGUCUCGCAUCAGAGGUUGGACUAAGUACGGAAGUUCCAGUAAAAGAAGUACAACCAGAAGUUGAAACAAGCACACCUAUACACGAUCAACAAACUCUGAAAACAAUUGCCCUUGAUGAUUCACAUCCAACUGAGGAACAACUAGAUCAUGAAGAAACUGAUGUUUCAGCACCAAUUCCAACACAAGAUACGUCUAGUACACAUUUAGAUGAUGCUCACGACGUUGUGGAGAGCGAAGGCAGUGGAGAAAUGGAACCUACUGAAAAUAUACUUCCAAGUCAACCCGCAGAGAAACCAGAAGAACCUUCUGAAGCUAUACCCGAAACUGAUGAAUCGGAAAAAGAACCAUCUGAAACAUCGGAUGCUAAAACACCAGCACCAGAAGAAAGUGAUGCUUCAGUUACCGAGCAGGAACACGUAAAAGAAGACAGCGAACAAUCCAAACCAGAGGAUGUAAUAACUGAAAAGGCUGACUCUGAAGAACAAUCAAUUGUUACCACUGUAGGAAGUAUAUCUGAAGAUGAACAACCAUUAACGACAAAAUCCGAUAAAGAAAAGCCUGAAUUAUCACAUGAAGUUCCUGAAGAGGAUGUUCCUAAAGAGGAGAAACCUGAAAAAGAAAUAUCUGAAGAUAAAGAUAGUUUAACAACCGAAGAAACACAACCUGUUGAAAAAGAACCAACGGAACAAGAACCAGAAAUCAGUACUGAACAGGCUCCUAGUGUAUCCAAGGAACAAUUGACAACCGUUGCACAAGAAAUUAUUCCAGAAAAAGUUGAUUCAGUAUCUACAGCGGCACCUAAACCAACCGAAGUUCCACAAGAUCAAUCGCAAACUCUUCUACCACCUGUUUCUGUAACAGAGGAUUCGGUAGACGAAAAACAUUCUCCAGCGCCUGAAGAUUCAGAGGAUCUAGCUUCUACCACUCAAUUACUUCUAAGUGAAGAGGAACUGGCUACUUUUACUCCACUACUUACAGAUCAGAAACCAGAAACAGAUGAGAGCAGCGAAGAAGAUCUAGCUACUACCACUCAAUUAUUCCUAAGUGAAGAGGAACUGGCUACUUUUACCCCACUACUUACAGAUCAGAAACCAAAACCAGAUGAGAGCAGCGAGCAAGAAGCAACAGAAAUAAAUCAACCAUCUUCGCCUAGUAUAUCUGAUGAAAAUGAAGUAGUUCCAGAAACAAAUGAUAAACUUGAGGAUGAAGUAGAAAUUAAUACUCCUGAAUCAAUCGAUGUAGUAACUGAAGCCGAAAAAUCAGAAAUCCAUACCGAACUACCACAAGAAGCCAGUUCUGUGCCGGAUCUUAAUGAAAUUCCUAGCAUAACAGAACAACCUGAAGAAGAGAAGAACGAAGAAGAUUCGUCUUCGAAAGCAGUUAUUAGCCCAGAACCUGGUACUGAAAGUAAUGAUAAACCAAACUUAGAUCUAGAAGAAGAUAAUGAAAUCAAACCAAGCUCAGAAGUGAACCCUAUUGAAUCAUCACCUACCCAAGAACCGGAAAUUUUAGCGAUAACCACAGAAAGUGAACAAAAACAGGGUGAUCAUGAAACUGAAAAACCUGUUAGCGCUGAAAAGGAUGAAAGUGAGGAAAAUGAACCAGAAUCUAUUCCUACUGAAGUACCUGCGGUUAUAAAAGAAAAUGAAAAUAGUUCGGAGGAAACAGAAUCGGAAGAAGAUAAAGAUUCCAAAGAAAAAGAACCAACUAAAGAAGAAUCUGAAGAAGAUAGCUCCGAUGAAAAGGAGAAGGAACCUGAAAAGGAACACGAAUCUUCAUCUCCAUCCAUUAAACCAGACGAAGAAAAACCAGAUUUGUAUACGUCCCCUCCAGAACCUGUGAUAACAACGAGUAAACCCAUCAAAGAUGGUGAACUUAUGACUUCUCCUCCAAUUGUGCCAAGUGAACUUGAACCAUUGCUGACAACUCUUGCCCCACAUUAUCAUGUCACUUCUACCACACACGCUCCAGAUUAUUUUGUAACGCAACCAACAAAACUUCCUGAAGAAAGCAAUUUAGAUACUGAGACUACGCCAGACGAUGACUACGAAGAUGAAGAUCAUGGAGCAUUUGGACCAGGAACAUGUAGAUACGGUGGAAAAGUUUACGUCUCUGCUCAACAAAUACCAAGAGAUGAUCCAUGCGAUUUCUGCUUCUGCUUCAGAAGCGAUAUUAUUUGUUUGCAACAGAGCUGUCCACCUCCAAUUCCACGGUGCCAUGAAGAACCCAUCAGAGGAUUCUGUUGUCCAAGAUAUGAAUGCCCAGUUAAUAUGGGAACGUCAAUUAAUAUUACAACUACCACUACUACCACUACAACAACACUACCUCCGCAUUUCCUGACGCACGCGUAUCGGGGAUUAGCAUCUAAGAAUGGAUGUUUCAUCCAAAACCAAUCUUAUAAAGUAGGAGAAGUUGUUAAAUCUGCAUCUGGACCUUGUCUCCACUGCGUAUGUGGAGGUGAUGGGCAGAUGAAGUGUGAUCCCAAAGUGUGUAGUCCGGAGCCAAUGCUAAGGCAAAUGAUGGAGGCGUCAGUGUCGAGGAGAAGAUGAGCUUAAGUGAUUUUUAGUGACAAUGCACAAGUCAAGGCGGUAUUGUGCAAGUGAUAUUAUAACUCGAACAGUUUUAUAAUUAACAGAGACUCCUUAUUACAUUGUAAACUGAUCUACUUGCAUUCUCGGGUGCCAAAUCGAAUUAAGACUAGGUAUUUCGUGCCUUUUUGAUGAACCAAUGAGAAAUCAAGGCGAUACCUUAAUCGGACGGGGACAAUCAACGCACAAGGGUUACGCACACGUCAACGAUGAUCGAGUGAAUGUGACGAGUCCAAGUGAUCUUCAAGUAUACUACACAUAACACAUAGCAAAACAAAAUAAAUAACAAGUAAUAAGUAAUAACAAUAAUAAAACAGGACAUUACAAGUAAACACAGACUGUGAAUAGUUCGCGUGCCAACAAAACGCAAUUCUGAGUGACUGAUCACGCCGGCAAUAUGUAUACACAGCAUUUUGUAACUAGAAUUUUUUUGGAUGUGUCGUAUUUUGAUAGCCAUUUAAUAAUCCCGAAAAAAUCGUGGGUCCUUUUAUAUAAUACCUUUUAGUGGUUUUUAUUAUAUUUCUUGCGUAUCCUACGCGGUCUGGACAGUUUGACAGACAGAAAUGUACUUCUUUCGUUCAUUUACUUAUAUUGUCUAAGCUCUUUUUCCUCUUUUUUGUCGUUUUUAUAUAGUGUGUAUAUUAUAUUUCUGUCACUUGAACGUCUAGACUACAAUAUGUAUAUUCACGGAUGCUCAAAUAUACAAUUAAAUAUGUAGUAUUUAUCUAUAAUUAAUAAAUUAUGUACAUUACUACUA